AUGAGCAGGGCUCAGGAGGUGAUGAAGGUGUCAGACGGCAGUCUCCUGGGGGACCCCGGGCGCACACCGCUGAGCAAGAAAGAGGGCGUCAAGUGGCAGCGGCCGAGGCUCACCCGCCAGGCCCUGAUGCGGUGCUGCCUGGUGAAGUGGAUCCUGUCCAGCACAGCCCCGCAGGGCUCAGACAGCAGCGACAGUGAGCUGGAGCUGUCCACGGUGCGCCACCAGCCGGAGGGGCUGGACCAGCUGCAGGCACAGACCAAGUUCACCAAGAAGGAGCUGCAGUCCCUCUACAGGGGCUUCAAGAAUGAGUGCCCCACGGGCCUGGUGGAUGAAGACACGUUCAAACUCAUUUACUCUCAGUUCUUCCCUCAAGGAGAUUCCACCACCUAUGCGCACUUCCUCUUCAACGCCUUCGAUGCAGACCGGAACGGGGCCAUCCGCUUUGAGGACUUUGUGGUCGGUCUCUCCAUCCUCCUGCGAGGAACAGUCCAUGAGAAACUCAAGUGGGCCUUUAACCUUUACGACAUUAACAAGGACGGCUACAUCACCAAAGAGGAGAUGCUGGCCAUCGUGAAGUCCAUCUAUGACAUGAUGGGCCGCCACACCUACCCCAUCCUGCGGGAGGACGCGCCCCUGGAGCACGUGGAGCGGUUCUUCCAGAAGAUGGACCGGAAUCAGGACGGGGUGGUGACCAUUGAUGAGUUCCUGGAGACCUGUCAGAAGGACGAGAACAUCAUGAGCUCCAUGCAGCUGUUCGAGAACGUCAUCUAGGACGCUUGUGGGGGAGGGGUGUCCCUGAGUGGCUGUUACCGCCUCUGCCCCAAAGAUGCCAGGAGCGGCCUCCAGGAGAAACUUGUUUCUAAUAUAUUUGCACAAAGUGAAUAGUUUGCUGCAGACACACACACUCACACACACGCACACGCACACGCACAUCCUUCCUCUGGGCUCGCGGGUGCGGGGGGACAAAGGUUAGGGAGGGGCUGAGUCUGGCUGGGACCUGGGUCCGGGUGACGAGAGCCGCACAGCUCCCACCAGCCCUCUCGCAGGCCUCCGGGCGGGCAGCUGAGAGAGCGGUGUCUUCAGGCCACUGGCCGCUGGGUGUUGCCUCCCCUGACGAGGAGGGUCCAGUCUCCAGAGCAAAGGCCGCUCCCGUGGGAGCCCACUCGCCCCUCCUUUCUGCCACCUUUCUUUCCCACCACACAGGGGCCAGGCUCCAGAGGCUGCUCUGGCCUUCUCCUUCCCCAGGCCACUCCCUGCCCACUGACGACACUUCCAGGAUGGCCCUGACCCCAGGACCCCGGAGGGGCAGCUGGGGGUCAAGGGAGUUCAGACUAGGAAACAGGU